GGUUUUCAAAAAUGGCAGCAAGAAAACAGAUGAAGAAAAAGAUACUAGAAGAGAAAACAGAGAAAAAUGUUUAUGAUUUUCCUGCAGUAGAUGAUAAAAAGGAGCUCAGUGGCUCAGAGGAUGACGUCAGGGAAGAUGAAACUCCAAUUGUGGACAAGCUAUCAAAGAAAAGGCCUGCACCUGAUUUUGAUGAGGGAACAGCAUGUGCCAUGGGAAAUGAGGUCCAGUCUAUGUUGGAGAAAUUUGGAGCUGAUAUCAGUAAAGUGAUGCAGGCCAAGAAGAAACGCCUGGAAUGUCUGACAAAAAACUACAUGAAGGGAAGCCAGCACAAGCUGGAGCAGCUGUGGACCAACUACCAUGGACAGAGGAAGAAGAUGACCCAGCAGUACCAUCAGCAGGUUUCUUCUGCGCUGCAGCAGUGGGAGGUUGAAGCUCAGCGAGCCGAGGAGCAGGAGGAGAAGCUCAAUAAUUUGUUUCGGCAGCAGCUGAAAGUCCUGCAGCAGGCCCGAGUCGUGCAGAACCAGAAGCUGAAAGCUGUCAGAGAGCUGUAUGAGCAGUUCAUGAAGAACAUGGAGGACAUGGAGAAAAACCACGAGAUGUUCCUGCAAGGAACGCAGCAGGAACUGAGGAAGGAGAUGGCCACCCUGCAGAAGAAGAUUCUCAUGGACACGCAACAGCAGGAGAUGGCCACAGUCCGCAAGUCACUGCAGUCCAUGCUCUUCUAACCUGCCGUUACCAUGGCGACCGUUCCAGUGUUUGAGUUCGUUGUUCCUUAAUGCAGUAACAUUUCGGUUUCUAAACCACCUCAAUGUUUAUUUUAAUAAUUUCAGAUUUUUAAAAGAUGAUGCAGUUUGUUUCAGCCCCUCUCACUGUGCUUUGUUUUUAUCGCCAGCAGGUGGCGCUGUGUUAAUAUAUGAAGUCAUUUUGUAAAGAUGAGCUCUGUUGAGUGCCUGUUAAAUGUCACAAUAAAAAUGUAAUGUUUAA